UUCGAUGUUACGUUGUUCCUAAUUUACCACUCGCAGGCAAAAAAAAAAUUCCGUUACUAUUCGAAUGCAUAACCGCUCAAAACGUAGUUGCGAUGACAGCGGCACGUGUCAUGGCGAGUGUGUUGUUGUAAACGAAAGUCGUGUACUGCGAGUCGUAGGUAAAAUCGAAAGCUAUCAAUUACAAUAUUCAAAAUGAGAGAAGACACGGUGUUAAGUUUAAAGUGGCAUAGUUUCCCGUCACAUUUGGCGGUUUCCCUUGAUACGUGCUAUGAGAAGCAACAGUUUGUAGAUCUUUCUUUAGUAUGUAAAGAUGGGACAAUUUUAAAAUGUCACAAAAUGGUAUUGGCCAAUUCGAGCUCAUUCUUCAGACGUUUGCUCGUUGCCAAUGACCAUCCUCAUCCUAUGAUUAUUCUUCACGAUAUCGAAGCGGACGAUCUCAAGACUAUCGUCAAUUUCAUGUACUGCGGUGAAAUACAAGUGGUUCAAAGUGAGGUUAGAAGAUUACUAAAAUUGGCCGAAAUCUUAGAAGUUACCGGAUUGCGGCAUAUUCAAACUUCCGUUUUGAUAGGAGAAUCGAACAACGCAUCUCAUGAGACGUCCAGGAAAACGACAACGGUUUCUCGUUUGAAAAUCGAAGAAACAAAGAGUUUAUCUACUAAAAGUGUACCUGAGCAUGAUUCUAAUGUUAGGUCACAAACUAAAACAAACAGUCAACCUGCAACAAAGUUUCCGUCGUCUACUCAUCUUCAUAAAGGAGGAAAUAAAGUUACGCUUGAUACUACCAAGAAAAGCGACGAGGGUAAUAUUAAUUUAUUAAGUCAACGUUUGGACACGGGAAGAUCUGGAAUCAGUAUUGUAGACAUUAACGAUAUGCCAAGUACCAGUAGAGGAAUUUCCAAUCCACCAGCCCAAAAAAGAAAAGAAUCAUCUGAACCUGUCAUUAGUUGGCCUCAUGUUUUGUCCGCUAUAUCAAAAGAUAAAUCUUUGCCUUUGAAGAAAUUAUGUAUUAUGGACGAAGUAGAGAUUACAGCUGGGAAGCCAUCUACUAGUAAUCAAGAAAUUCAGAUGAUCGAACCGUUAGAUAGAAGAAAACAAAGAACUAAUUCGGAGAGCAACGAGUCUAUGAACUGUGCAGUUUAUAUAAAAGAUGAAGUGGACUUAUUUGAAAUGGAAGAAGAUGCAGAUAUGGACCCCCUUGAAGUUGAGGAGAUUGAAAAUGAAAAUUCAGAAACUAUUAUAGGAACUUCUGAAAUGUUUACUGUUGCAAAUGUGGAUCAAACGUAUUACACUACAGGAACAUUUUCAGAAUAUCCUCCAAGAAAAGGAUCUAAUGGUUAA